AAGUCUAAAAAACGAUAUUACUAUGUACCAUAAAAACUCUGACUGUUGAAAACAGAUACACCUUUGAUUCUAAUUCUGAAACACAGCGUUUUCUCAAGUGUGGGGGGAGGUGGUGGUGGAGAUGAGGUGAUAAUGGCUAGGGCUAACGUUAACAAGCAGUAGAAUUCAUAAACUUUAUAAAUGUUUUCCAGUUAAAGACCGAGUCUGACGUUGCUUACUUCCAAGUUUUAGAGAUUUSUUUACAGCUAUAUAGAAGAAAAGUUUGGCCUGUUAUCAAGGCUAUCAUCACGAUUUAACUAUCAACAUUAAAAAAAAUCCUAGACGGUCACCUGUGUUYGUUUCAUGCAGUCUAAUUGCAGUUGGAGAGAAUUCUGUCAAACUACGAUUUUCGUUUGCUAUAAAACAGCAUGUGUCAAUGCAAGUAAAAAAAUACCAGGGAUCUAAUCAGUUGUCGUCAUUCUCCAUACGAUGUUCACUGUUUUGCUUUGGUUAGUUUUGAGUCUGUUACAUUCCUGCGAUGGUCUCGAAGAAAAAAGUGUCCAAGAARAACAGGCCAACAGAAAGGCCAUCCGAAAGGAUCUGUUGCAAGAUCACGACGAAGUAAUUGGACCUCUUAAAUUCAUUAAAGAAGGAAAGGAUGCUGUUGAUGUCAUUUUCUCGUUCACCUUGUAUCACCUUUAUGAAGUGGACACGAAAGACCAGACCUUGAAACUCCAUGGAUGGAUUUUACAGAAAUGGCAAGAUCAGUCUCUGUCUUGGAAUGCUACUAAUUAUGGGGGAGUAAGYUACUCUGUAUUUUCGCGCAAUGAGAUCUGGGUACCCGACAUCGCUCUCAAGAACAAUGCAAAAGAAGGAGAAAAACUUGCUGGAGGACGAGAUAAGUUUAUCACCGACGUCAACGCACUUUCAACGGGAAACUUGAGUUGGCUCUCGCCCGCUACUUUCACCAGCACAUGUGAACAAAACGUCUUAUCAUGGCCCAAGGAUAAGCAAGUCUGUUACCUUUAUUUUGGUUCGUUUACCUAUAAUUUGAACCUCUUCAAAAUCACACCAAAUGCUAACUAUACGUACUAUGAAAAAGGCUCUGUAUCGAACGGUCAGUGGAUAGUCGAAGAUGUUGAGGUGACGAGUGAAACGGCAAAUCACAACGGCUGCUGCGGCUCAUUCAGUGUGAUCUUAUACAAGUUAUAUUUAAAGCGCAAACCACAAUACUUCGUGUUUUACUUAGUAACRCCAAUCAUCUUCCUCCUCAUGUUGGCCAUGUUGAGCUUCUUGAUCCCGACUGAGAGUGGGGAGAGAAUCAGUUUUAUCACCACUAUUCUACUUGCACAGAUCGUUUUCCUGGAAAUGAUCCCAGAGUUCCUGCCGAGAAGUUCCGAUCAGCUUCCUAUUCUUGGAAUUUUCAUGAUCAUAUCCCUGGGCAUUAUAUCGAUAGUUCUGAUGGCGACCAUCUUCAUCUUACUUUGYCAUUACCRUGAGGGAGWRCCWCCCURUCUAAUCAGAAAGCUUUUUUAUCCUUUUAACUCCAAAAAGGGCCAAGCGGAUAUCAAUGUYCAUGUGAACGAAGCKGUGCAGCUAGAAAAUAUUUCACCAACUGAAGGARCGAAAAAACGCCAUUCCUCUAGAAACAUCCCCGAUGAUGAAGUGAAGGAAAACCGAUACACUUGGAAGGACAUCGCCAACAAAUUGAAUUGGRUUUCGUUCGGGUUGAUUUUCGUUGGAACGAUGUCAAUUGUCUUGCAUCUUGUCUUAUAG